AUGAUCUCUGGAUUUAUCAUAACCACUAUUUAUCGAUUUAUAACAAAGAGGAACAAGUCAGACACUAAAGAGGAAGGAGGCUCUCACUCGCCUCCUCUUAAGGACGAGAUCUGUCCUCACGUCUGCAGAGGAGCCCAGAGGUCCCAGCAGGAGGAGCAGAGGAGCCCAGAGGUCCCAGCAGGAGGAGCAGAGGAGCCCAGAGGUCCCAGCAGGAGGAGCAGAGGAGCCCAGAGGUCCCAGCAGGAGGAGCAGAGGAGCCUAAGGGUCACGAUGGAGGAGCCCAGAGCCUCCUACAGGAGGCGCACCAGCUCAGACUCAGGACCAGGGGGAUUGACUGCGGUGGUCGGCAUCAGUCUGGGACUUCUGUUCAUCACACAAGCGUCUCUCAACGUCUUCCUGCGUCUCUACUUCCCUUCAAACAAGAUCAACACGAGCGAUUGCACCGAUGUGACCGCAGAGAAGGAAGACCUUGGCAAACGGAAGGACAAUGCAGUAGCGGACUGUCUCUCUCGGGCUCAGGUUUCCACGGUUCAGUUAGGCAUUGACUAUGCAGAGAUGGCGGUGGACCAGCUGGCGGAUUCGAAGGUGCAAGCGCUGCGCACCACUGGCUCUCGUUUGAGGUUGGAAGAUGUGGUUUUUCAGGACAGCGGGGCGACGCUUCUGUGUGUCCAUGAGCAGACCACGUCCUUUGGUACCUGCGGCCUGGCGCGCCCGCAUUUUCGAGGCUGUACACUACCUGUCUCACCCCGGUGUGAAAGCGACGGUGAAGUUGGUGAGCGCAAAGUUUGUGUGGCCCGGCCUCAAAAAGGACGUCAAGACUUGGGCCUACACAAGCGUGGCCUGUGUAGGGCGGUCAAACACUUCAGUCUUCCUCAGGCACGGAGAGCGGGCGCACACACACUCCAGUCUUUCCCACACACGGGAGCAGGGAGCGGGGAUCGGUCCCGGGAAGCCGAGAGGUGGCUUGAGGCGCGAUGGUCCACGGUGCUCCAUUUUGGUGGGAGUUGGAGAGCAGUUACGCCGCUGCGGGACAGGCAAGUCGAGUUCAGCUCGAUAGGGAAAAGGAUCGGGCAGCUGUCCAGGCAGCGAGCUCCAACCUGCGCCUGGGUUGAAGUUGUGGGCCCCUGGAUCGCGCAGGGGAGUGGCCCAGAGAAAGUUUCAAAGAGAGUUCCCAAAAGGUUCACAAGCAAAAGUUAA